AUGCCACCGGCACUGUCAUUCUGGUUUCAAUAUCGUUACUUGUCUAAGCCAGCAAGCAUUAGAUCAGUCCGGUAUUUGAAAAGUGCUAAUGGAAGGGAAGAAACGGGUAAAGAAAACUGUGAUUUGUUCACCGGUGAUUGGAUACCGGACCCAAACGGACCUUACUACACCAACGCGACAUAUGUUUCAGCUUUUCCUUCACAUUCAAAUUGCAUGAAAAAUGGAAGACCCGAUUCGAAUUACUUGAAAUGGAGGUGGAAACCCGACGGCUGCGAGCUUCCCAAAUUCGAUCCUGAGCGGUUCUUGGAAUUGGUCAGAGGAAAGUCUAUGGCCUUUGUUGGGGAUUCUUUGGCAAGAAAUCACAUGCAGUCCCUGGGUUGUCUCUUGUCCAGAGUUGCUGUCCCGGAAGAUGUAUCACCAAAAGAUAGGGAAGAGUGGGUAUACAAGGAUUACAACUUCAAUAUGUCAUCGUAUUGGACUGUAUUUUUUACACGCUCAGAAAGAUCUAAAAAGGGUCCCGAUAACAUAUACCUAGAUGAGUUUAACGAAUACUGGACAUCCAAGAUCGCAAACUACGACUACAUGAUCAUCUCAGCCGGGCAGUGGUGGUUCGUCACAAGCAUGUACUACGAAAAUCGCCGCCUCUUUGGUUGCAACAAGUGUAAGGAAGAAAGCGUCCCGGACAUAGGAUUCUACAGCGCAUACCAAAAGGCGUUAAGGACAUCAUUGAGAGCCAUGAGGGAAUUAGCGAAACCCGGAGCGACGUUUUUCAUUCGGAGUGUGUCUCCAGACCAUUUCGAGGGCGGAUCAUGGUAUAAUGGUGGAUAUUGUAAUCGGACAAAACCUUUCAGGCGAUUGGAAACUGACUUGGAUCCUUACUCGGCGGUGUUGCGAGGGAUACAAAUGGAGGAACUGAAAAUUGCUCAAGAAGAAGGAAACAAGAAAGGGUUAAGGUUCGGAAUGAUAGAUGUGACUCCAGCAAUGCGGCUUAGACCUGAUGGUCAUCCUGAUAUAUAUCGGAGGCCUAAUGAAGAGGUUGUUCACGAUUGUGUGCAUUGGUGUUUGCCUGGACCGAUUGACGUUUGGAAUGAAUUUCUACUUCAGUUACUUAUUCGAGAUCAGGAUCCUCAAAACCCUAAUCAUAUAAGAUAGGAAACAAAAGAAUUAUAUUUAUUGUACAAAAUAUAAAACCCUACUCACACAAUAGGUUUCUUGUUUGGUCCGAGCGAUGUCCAGUUGCCCCGAAAAACCAACACAUUCCUUUAACUCACCAGUAUAUGCU